GCUUCAUUCUGCUCUUCAGUAUACUUGAGCCCAUCGUAGGCGACGGAUGCGCAUUGUCACUGCACGCGUUUCUAAGUCUUGUGUGAAUGCUCUGGAAAUGUUAAUAAUCAGUGAUAAAGAUCAGAAGAAGGCUGUAGACGAUGAACUGUGCCCUCGUCACUCGACCGUUCUGUCAAAAUACAAAGACGCGUUCGGACACGUAAAUCCUCGCGUCGAAUUUACCAAGUUAGACGAUAGUGCGAUAAUCUUGCCAAAUAGACCGACUGCCGCGAUGACAUCGAUGUUGACGGAGGAAAAUAGCAAUAAGGCGGCGAAGAUGAAGCAGAGGCUGAUGAGCAACGGCCACGUUGUGAAGGAGGACACGCGGUCCUUUCUGAAUUUCUCGCGGGAAAACCUGAGCGUGUCGCAUUCCGAUCUGGAACAAGGAUUCAACAGAUCGCGACAGAGACCGAGCAGGAAGAUGAUCCUGAGCAUGUCCGCCCUCAUGAUUUCCAUUCUUUGCCUGGGUCUCGUAAGCUGGAAGCUGAACUCGAACGCGCGCGAAAUCGAACAGCUGAGAAGAGACGUCGACAGCUUGAAGCGGUUUCUCAAGUUAGAUCUCAUCAAUGAAAUAAAAACCCUCAAAGAAUUGUACGAAGAGUCGAGCGAAGAUAAUGAUCCAGGCGAGGCGGACAUUGAUAACGCCGAUUAUGACUCUAAUUACGAUGACGACGGUUCUGCAUCGCAUGACUAUCCUGAUAAUUCCCGUACUCUUUUGACUUAUGACUCCAGGUCAUCGGGCUUUCUGAAAACUGCUACGUCGCUACCUACAUCCACGGAACCUGAUUAUUCUCAUAAGGCUAUUACCGAGAACAAACGAGAAAAUUACAAAAAUAUCGAACGAGAUCAUGACGAAGAGGAACACACAACGCCGUUAAAUGUAGAGAAGAUUAAUGAUGAAAAUAGCGCAGAGCACAAACGUGAUGCGAGGACGGGAUAUAUUAGAGAAGGUGUCAAAUUAAAGAGAUCUGUGCGCGAUCAUACUCUGACCGAUGACUCCUUGAUGGAUACGUCGAAUUAUCGUGCCGGACGAUAUCCUACUAAGAAAACUAUCCAAAGAGCGUCCAAAACGCGUCCUUACACAAGUGACGAAAGCCACAUGAAUAACAAUACCGAAAUAAUCACGCUUCUGCAACAGACAAGUUCAAUAUCACAUUCUCCGAAGAAGUAUCACACCCACGCGCGUCUCGAGACAUUUCCUCUGCACGACCAAUUAAACGAGGCAAUUACUCGACCUAACAGCCACUCGGGCCCUAACACGAGCUCGGAAACUGCGAGUGGCGAAGAGGAAGGAAGAGACAAUUGGCGGAAUCGCGAUGUCGAAAUUCACAAAUCUGUUCAGAAUUUCAAAACGACCGCAAAGGAAUUACACCGAAGACUGACACGAAGACAUUUACGUGCACCACGGCAGGUUUACGCCAUUCAUUACGGUGCGGAUAGCGCGCUCUUCACGGCGGAAGACGAGCACACCGGCAACGGGAGAGCGCGACACAGCAACGGUGUCUUCAAAGCCUGGCGACCCAGCGAUUGGGCGACCAAUCUUGAGAUGAACAGGUACUUCACGCUCGCCAACGACGGUAAAAUCACUGUCCACGAGCCGGGAUUGUAUCUGGCGUACGCGCAGAUUCACUAUCUAGACGAGCACGACGAGAACGGUUUCCGCCUCCUGGUGAACGGCAGAUCUAUUCUACAAUGCAUGGUGUAUAGCCCAGGCAGGGGACACAAGAGCCGCUCUUGUUUCUCAGCUCAAAUGACCAUUUUGCAUGAAGGUGAUCACCUAGUCCUAAAAGAUAUUGGUUCGGCAAGGUAUACUCUGUUUCAACACGAUAAAAGUUUCUUCGGUUUGGUGAAACUUGGUGAACUGAGGCAGCAGCAGCAAAACCGAAGCAUCAAUCGCAACAAUUGAUGCAUCAAUAAUAAAAUGCUUUAAUUACCACCGGCAA